CCGUUAUCAAUCGAAUCCACAAAUCCGAUAGCUCCUGAACUGUUCAAACGAAGGACAGGACAAUGGAUUACGACGAGUCGGAUUCAGAUGACUUGCAAGAUCCUAGGUUCGAUGCCGUUGAGGAAACUCAAUCUCUCUUUUCGGCGCUCUCUGUCGAGAAGAAAGCCAAAUCGCGAAUUGCUAUGGAAAUGGAAGAGGGUGAUGACGAAGUCCCAGAUGUGCUAGAAGUGGUUGUGCCAGAGCUUGACGAACCGGACCAGAAGAGUUUUGAGGCUGUCGAAAAGGUCAUACAAGCUGGCCACAUAGAGAAACUCAAAGUGGAUCAAUGCAAGAUUUAUUUGAGGAAACAUCGACUGAGGUUAAUGGGGAACAAAGAUACCCUCAUUGCGCGCAUUAGAGAACAUCUGGAUAUUCUUAGAGAUGGUGGAGAAAAGAAGUAUCCAAUGUCUAGCUUUGUUUUGAGCUGCAAAGGGGAUGCAUGCACAGGAGAUGUUGUCAUGUUUGAACAAAAUAUAUAUGAAAUGUUCAACAUUGCAUCUCGAAGUGCUAGUGGUCCUCCAUGUGGAAAGAGAAUCAUUGCAGGUCGCAUUGUGAAAGAAAGCUAUGGUGCUGCAAAGCAACAACAUACAUUCACAAUUGAGGUGUUAUGGAGCAAAGGGGAGAAACCACUCCCUCCACUUCAUCCCCUAUUGAUUAAGGGAAGAAAUCUUUAUCGAUUAAAGACAAUGAGACAGGUUUGUCCUAAACAUAUCUUCUUCUUUUAUUAUCUGCUUAUCACAUCUUCUAGAUCCUUGUCCCAUUCACAGAGAUGGGAGAAUGAAAGUGAACGGGAGAAAAUAUUAGCUGAGAAGCACACCAGAGGUUCCCUUGCUCGGUCAAGUAGGGAAGCACGUAUACAAGAGAAGGAAAUGAAGAAGAAACUUGGUGGCAGUAGGGCAACAAGAAUGAAAGAUCAGAACAUAAAACAGAAAGAGAUUAAAGUACAAUCAUUUCAGUCCCUAUCUGUUGUUUCAGAACAGCAGAAAAACAUGCUGGAGAGUCAUCAAGAUAAAAAGAGACAGCAGGAAAGUUGUUACUUAAAAACUGGUAAAGAGAACACUUCAGUCCCAUUGAGGUUAGUGCACGGACAGCCUGAUUUCUAUCCAAACGUGAAUGUGGCAUCAGAAACAAUUCAUCAGAAAAACAUGCUGGAGAGUCAUCAAGAUAAAAAGAGACAGCAGGAAAGUUGUUACUUAAAAACCGGUAACGAGAACACUUCAGUCCCAUUGAGGUUAGUGCACGGACAGCCUGAUUUCUAUCCAAACGUGAAUGUGGCAUCAGAAACAAUUCAUCAGAUGCACCAUUCAACAACAAUGCCUUCAGGAAUUCGAUUCCAAGAGAGCAUGAUGCAGCACGAAUGUCGUUACAUCAAAACUGGAAAGGAGAACAAUUCAGUCCCAUUGCAACUAGUGCACAGACAGCUCGGUUUCUGUCCAAAUUUGAAUUUGGUAGCAGAGGAAGAGGUUCAUCGGAGGCAGCACUCAACAAUGCCUUUGAGGAUUCCAUUCCAAAUUCAGAACCAUGAACGGAUGAUUCCUUCACAGUUUCCACCCCAAAGGCAGGGUAAUGAUUCACAGUUAUUCCAAAGGCGGGAUCUUGAACAAAGGGAGUUUUGCCGAUUCUAUGCUCAAGGGAGGUGCUACUAUGGUGACCGCUGCAAGUAUCGGCACUGAAUAUAGAGAAAGAGAAUUACUAUUACAACUUCUUGAACGACAUUUACAGGUUAGAACCUGCUUCAGCUGCCCUGCUGAUACUCUUGUGGUCCUAAAGUGUGGUUCUUUCAGAUGUUACUCAAAGCAAGUUUAGUUAUCCCAGUGAUUUGGAUGUUCCAUUCAAUUUCUUAAUCAAAUAUCAUUGAUUUUAUGGCAUUUCUAGCUGGGAUUUGUUUGCUUCUU